AUGGCCCCACACGCACAGCCCUACAGUGGCUAUGAUUACCCCGGCAUGCCCCAUCCCUCCUCCACCCCUCAUCAUGGAUACAACCAGGCAGGCUAUCCUCAGCCCUCACAGCAGUUCCCUAGUCUCUCACAGCUUUCUGCCGCUCUUGGGGGCCUCAGUGGGGUCCCAGAGAUGGAGCUGGAGGCUUUACAGCCUAUAAACCUCCUCCAGGAGCAGUGCCUGCUGCCCCCGCGACCUCUGGAGGCCCCAGUUCCCAACCUGAGCCCUGAGCUCAGGAAGGUCAACUGCAGCCCGGAGACGUUCCGCUGCACUCUAAGCAGUAUCCCGCAGACCCAGGCCAUGCUGAACAAGGCCCGUCUGCCCCUGGGCCUGCUGCUGCACCCGUUUAGAGACCUCCAGCAGUUACCCGUUAUCACGUCCAACACCAUUGUUCGCUGCCGAUCGUGCCGCACCUACAUUAACCCUUUUGUCACCUUCCUGGACCAGCGGCGAUGGAAGUGCAACCUGUGCUACAGGAUCAACGACGUUCCAGAUGAUUUCAUGUACAACCCGGUCACCAGGUCGUAUGGAGAGCCCCACCGUCGGCCCGAGGUGCAGAAUGCUACAGUAGAGUUUAUCGCCUCCUCAGACUACAUGCUGCGUCCCCCUCAGCCUGCAGCCUACCUCUUUGUUCUGGACGUGUCCCAUAAUGCUGUGGAGUCCGGAUACCUCAAGUACUUCUGUGACAGUCUACAGGAGAACCUCGACUCUCUUCCCGGAGAUGCACGCACUCGGCUGGGCUUCCUCACGUUUGACAGCACCCUUCACUUCUAUAACCUGCAGGAUGGCCUGUCACAGCCGCAGAUGCUCGUGGUGUCAGACAUAGACGAUGUGUUCAUCCCCUCACACGACAAUCUGAUGGUCAACCUGAAGGAAUGCAAAGAGCUGGUGAAGGAGCUGCUGGCCUCACUGCCCUCCAUGUUCGCUCAGAGCAGGGAGACACAGAGUGCCCUGGGGCCCGCUCUCCAGGCCGCGUACAAGCUCAUGAGCCCCACCGGAGGAAGGGUCUCAGUGUUCCAGACUCAACUACCCACACUGGGGGCCGGCCUGCUGCAGUCCAGGGAGGAUCCCAACCAGAGGGCCAGCACCAAGGUGGUGCAGCACCUGGGCCCUGCCACAGACUUUUAUAAAAAGCUUUCCCUGGACUGCUCCGGGCAGCAGAUCGCCGUUGACCUGUUCCUGCUCAGCUCCCAGUACUCAGACCUGUCCUCACUAGCGUGCAUGUCCAAAUACUCUGCUGGCAGUAUCUUCUACUACCCGUCCUUCCACCACGUCCAUAACCCCACCCAGCUGCACAAGUUCCAGGGGGAUCUGGAGCACUACCUCACUCGCAAGGUCGGCUUCGAGGCCGUCAUGAGGAUCCGCUGCACCAAAGGUUUAUCCAUUCACACAUUCCAUGGCAACUUGUUUGUGCGCUCCACGGACCUGCUAUCCCUGGCCAAUGUGAACCCGGACUCUGCGUUUGCUGUUCAGAUGUCUAUAGAUGACUCUCUGGCAGACUCGUCUCUGGCCUGUUUCCAGGCUGCUCUGCUCUACACCUCCUGUAAAGGGAAGCGGAGGAUCCGGGUGCACACUCUCUGUCUACCGGUGGUCACUCAGCUCAGUGAUGUGUACGCAGGGGCAGAUGUGCAGGCCAUCACUUGCCUCCUGGCCAACAUGGCCAUUGACCGGUCAGUAUCGUCUGGGCUGUCGGAUGCCCGGGACGCACUGGUGAACGCAGUGGUGGACCUUGUGACUGGGUAUAAGAGCAGUGUAUCAAACCUGCAGCAGAAAGGAGUGGUGCUGCCCUCCUCCAUGAGCCUCUUCCCUCUCUACAUCCUGGGUCUGCUCAAACAGAAAUCUCUGCGCACAGGCACCAGUACGCGGCUGGAUGAGCGCGUCUUUGCCAUGUGUCAGUUUAAGACGGAGCCUCUGCCACAGCUCAUGAGACUGCUGCAUCCAGACCUCUACAGGCUGGACACUGUGUCAGACCAGGGGGCUCUGCACCUGAACGAUACCAUCGUGCCCCAACCCCCGCUCCUGCACCUGUCUGCGGAGAGGAUAACCCAAGACGGGGCCUUUCUCCUGGACUGUGGCUCCGUGCUGUUGCUGUGGGUGGGCCGUGCCUGCUCCAACAUGUUUCUGCAAGACGUCCUGGGUGUUUCGGACUAUACCUCCUUACCCCCCAGCAUGAAUCACAUCCCGGAGUUGGACACUCCUCUGUCAGAGCGCAUCAGGGCCUUCCUGGACUGGCUCCAGGAGAACCGCUCCUGCUACUGCUCUCUACUCCUCAUAAAAGACGAUGCUUCGGCUAAAACCUCCUUUUUCCAACAUCUGGUGGAGGACAGCUCCGAGUCAGGCCCUUCCUACCAUGACUUCCUCCAGCAGAUACUACAGCAAGCCUCCAAAUGA